CCCCAUCGGAACUUACCCACGAGCCCACCCACAGGUUGAGCUCAACUGCCCAGGCAGUCUUCUUCUCGGGAGGGAAUACCCUGCGCACGUCGCAAGGGGCGUGGAUAGAGAAAGGCGGCCUCUUUUCUGCGUCGACACAUACCGGACUGGAAGGGAGGUAGGUGUGCCAAGCACCUAAAGCAGGGACCAUGGGGAGAGACAAGGCCACAUCGCAAAUCGAGGAGUUUGCAAGGGCUACGUCUUCGGGCGGGACCAUGACCGGGAGCAACGGGCGCCCUCUCGAGUCUCUCACGGAAUCGCAGACAGCGGGUCCCGGGGGGCCGAUCACGCUCCAGGACUACACCCUGAUCGACCACCUGGCGCACUUCGACCGCGAGCGGAUCCCCGAGCGCGUGGUUCACGCCAAGGGGGCCGGCGCCUUCGGCUACUUCGAGGUAACCACCCCGGAGCUUAAGGGCCUCUGCAAGGGGAAGAUGUUCAGCCACGUCGGGAAACGCACGCCUGUCGCCGUCCGCUUCUCCACGGUGGGAGGCGAGAGCGGUUCCGCAGACACGGCGCGGGACCCCCGUGGUUUCGCCGUUAAGUUCUAUUCGGAGGAGGGCAACUGGGACCUGGUGGGCAACAACACCCCCAUCUUCUUCAUCCGAGACCCCAUCCUAUUCCCCAGCUUCAUCCACACGCAGAAGAGGAACCCGAGGACUCACCUCAAGGACCCCGACAUGUUCUGGGACUUCAUCUCGCUGCGCCCGGAAACGACCCACCAGGUGUCGUUCCUGUUCUCUGACAGGGGCACGCCCGAUGGUUACCGACACAUGAACGGGUACGGCAGCCACACCUUCAAGAACGUCAACGCACAGGGAAACGCGGUCUGGGUGAAGUACCACUUCAAGACCGACCAGGGAAUCCGCAACCUUCCCGCCGGAGAGGCCGACGUGAUGCAGGCUACCAACCCCGACCACGCCAUCCAGGACCUGUACAACGCCAUCGCCGACGGCACCCCCCCUAGCUGGACGGUUUACGUCCAGGUUAUGGGCCUCGAGGAGGCUGCUCGGUGCAGCUUCAACCCGUUCGACGUGACCAAGGUCUGGCCGCACGCCGACUACCCGCUCAGGGAGGUCGGACGCAUGGUCCUCAACCGGAACCCCACCAACUACUUCGCUGAGGUGGAGCAAAUGGCGUACGCUCCGUCCAACAUGAUUCCGGGAAUCGAACCCUCUCCGGACAAGAUGCUUCAGGGCCGCCUGUUCUCGUACAACGACACUCACCGCCACAGGCUGGGGGCCAACUACCAGCAGAUCCCGGUCAACCGGCCGUUCAACGCCAAAGUGCAGCCCUACCAGCGCGACGGGCCCAUGCGCGUGGACGGCAACAUGACCGACGCCCCUAACUACUUCCCCAACAGCUUCUCUGGACCCGCGGCCGCGGACCCCUCCCACGCGGGCUGGCACGCGGAGAGGGCCACGGGGGACGUGGCUCGCUACCCCACCGGAGACGACGACAACUUCACCCAGGCGGGCGAGUUCUUCAGGCGAACCCUAGACGAAGGCGGGCGGCAGAGGCUCACGGACAACAUCGCCGGCGCUUUGUCGGGAGCCCAGGAGUUCAUCCAGAAGCGCGCCAUCGCCAACUUCGCCGCUGCCGACGCGGACUACGGACGGCUCAUCUCCGAAAAGAUCAAGGCGUUGGCCCGCGCGGGCGGAAGCGCAGCCUCGCGCGUGGCUCCGCAGCCGCUCAACCCACCCCGCACCGUUCCGAAGCCCUACGCGGCCGUACACGCCAAGGGCCGCGGCGCCUCGAGCUUGUGAUUCGACCGGGGCUUGACGGCGGUUCUGGUCGGAUGCGGCUAGCUAGGAUCGAUCGGCCUCGCUGAUUGGUCGAUGUUCUCUCUCUCCUUCAGAUACGUGUGGCAGGCUGUGAUGGUAACACGUAUUGAGUAUCGAUUCGUAUUUCUGGUCGCUUGGUCUCUUCUGUUUGUUGGGCAGGAAGGAGUCAAGGCGUCAACGCUCUGUCUUGAGGUCCCGAGUCUAUCGGUUAAGCAUGGUUUUCUGGAAAGCCUUCAGGAUUGCUGUAUUCUCGGCAACAAUGAGGGAGACGGUUCUACGCUUUUGCUGUCUGACUGACUACUUCCAGCUCGAGGUAACAGGCGCUUCUUGGUCGAUUUUUUUUCCAAAUGUAGACGUAUCUAUUAACUAUCACAAAGCUUUCGGGCGGGUGGGCGGCGAAGGAGUGGAGACGCCCGCCUAGCGUUAGAAACUACUCGAUAGCAGGAGAAUAUCCUCGAACAUGGCUUCCUGUUGUUGACGGCCAGCGGGUCGGAACGUGUACGUUGUAUGAAAACCGUUUUUUGGUAAAAGAAGCUGGGGGGUUCGGGUGGAAAGGAGACACGGUUUACUGCUGUGUUGCUGCACCCAACGAUCAGCUCUACGACUUAUUAUGGUUUGCACGGGACACACGUUUAAAAUAGGCGGUGCGGCUCUCUACAUGCAUGUGUGUGUGCCAAUGAAGACCACGCAGUAACUUUGUCUGCUGUUGUAGAAGCCCUAGGUCGGUGUGGGCCUUCGUGCGGAGGGAAAGCUCUAACCCUGUGUUCGUUUUUCUUCUUCUUCUUUCUGCUGGAAGGGACAAGAGGGUUCUCCGGCUCUACUUGGAUCACCUCUCGUCAUUCGAACGCCUGUGUCCUUGUUGCAAUUAUUAUUUUUUACCGGACCGUUUUUAUUCAAUAGACCCUCUCUUUCUCUGUUGAAGAGCAAGGACGUCUUUGAUAGGCUAACAUCAACAACCAC